AUGUCGUCGACCGCAAUCCCCAAGCGCAUGGCGUUGCAUCGCCAGCUUACUGAAAACUCCUCCGUCACAAGUUCCGUGAACGUCUCGCCCAUGGAAAGCCCACGGCAUUCUCCUUCCACGACAUCGCUCUCCUCGCUAGCUUCCGAGGCGCUGGCUGAAGGCCCCGGAAAGCUAGUAGACACCUAUGGAAAUACCUUUGAACUCCCAGAUUUCACCAUUAAGCAGAUUCGAGACGCCAUUCCGGCACAUUGCUUUGAGCGAAAUGGACUCCGUGGCCUAAGCUAUGUCUUCCGAGACUUGCUGUGCCUGGGAACCACCUUUUAUAUCUUCCACACCUAUGUGACCGCUGAAAAUAUUCCUUCCACACCUGUUCGUGCUGGAUUGUGGGCUUUGUACACCUUCGUCCAGGGCCUUUUUGGCACAGGUAUCUGGGUUCUGGCACACGAAUGUGGCCAUCAAUCCUUUUCUCCCUCCAAAGUCUUCAAUGAUACGGUUGGAUGGAUUCUCCACUCUGCGUUGCUUGUUCCCUAUUUCUCAUGGAAGAUUUCGCACGGAAAGCAUCACAAGGCAACCGGUAAUAUGGAACGCGACAUGGUGUUCGUGCCCAAGUUGAGAGAACAAUAUGCCUCGCGCAUCGGACAUUUGGUCCACCAACUCAACGAGAUCAUGGAAGAGACACCUAUCCAGGCCGCAACCAAUCUCAUUCUUCAGCAAUUGUUCGGAUGGCCCAUGUAUCUGAUUUCCAACGUCACUGGGCACAACAACCAUGAGAGCCAACGCGAAGGUCGUGGCAAGGGCAAGAAGAACGGCAUGUUUGGCGGAGUCAACCACUUCAACCCUUCGAGUCCAUUGUAUGAAGCGAAAGAUGCGAAACUCAUCGUCCUCAGUGACAUUGGUCUAUUGAUCACUGGCUCCGUUUUGUACGUCCUUGGCAACAAAUUCGGCUGGACCAACAUGUUGGUUUGGUACUUCAUUCCUUACCUAUGGGUUAAUCACUGGCUCGUAUGGAACUUCGCUAGAGGCGCGGCAGCCACCAUUGAUCGGGAAUUUGGCUUCAUUGGCCGUCAGCUUUUCCAUGGUAUCAUCGAGACUCACGUCCUCCAUCAUUAUGUGAGCACGAUUCCAUUCUACAACGCAGACGAAGCAACCGAGGCGAUCAAGGGUGUCAUGGGCAAGCACUAUCGUUCCGAUACCAAGGAUGGCAGCAUCGGCUUCAUCAAAUCUCUGUGGCGCAGCAUGAGAAUGUGCCAGUGGGUUGAGCCCUCUGAAGGUGCUCAGGGUGAGGGUAAAGGCGUCCUCUUCUUCCGAAAUCGCAAUGGCUUCGGGACCCGCCCACUCGUCGUGGAACCGGCCGACGGAAAGGCCAACUAA